AUGAGCACGACAAAACUCCAGCCCCCGGACAACGCGCAAGCGCAGUCGCGGCCCCCGCGCGCCGCCUCUGCCCAAGGUCACCGUCAGUACCUGCGAUCACGUUCGAACCCUACACAAUCUUCACCUAGGAGUGCCUCGCACCCACAUGCGAAUGUAUCUCAGGCCCGCCAGCGCGAGAAGGAAACAGUCCUUAAACAUGCCGAGAACAUGCAGACUAAGGAGAUCGUUCCAGCCGAUCAAAUCCCGAAAGAUCCUGAUUAUCAAAAGCUGGGGCUCUCUUCUCAGCACUUGACCGUUGACGACUUCGAUUUGAUGCGCACACUGGGCACAGGUACUUUCGCCCGUGUAUGGCUCUGCCGUUUGAAGCGACCAACCAGCCAGGCCGAUGCAGCCAAAGUCUUCGCGCUCAAAGUUCUUAAGAAGGUCGAUGUCAUUAAAUUGAAGCAAGUCGAGCAUGUACGCAACGAGCGCAAUGUGCUGGCGGCAGUGGCGGGCCAUCCUUUCAUUACCUCCCUUAUCACCUCGUUCUCCGAUACGACAUCCCUAUACAUGCUCCUGGAUUACACUCCAGGCGGUGAGAUUUUCAGUUACCUGCGCAGAGCAAGAAGAUUUCCAUUCCAGACCGUGCAGUUCUAUGCAGCUGAAAUCACCCUUAUCCUUGCAUAUCUGCACGACGUGCAAAACGUUGCAUACCGCGAUUUGAAGCCCGAGAACAUCCUCCUGGACGCAGAAGGGCACCUGAAGUUGGUUGAUUUUGGCUUCGCCAAAUACCUUCCUCCUGCAGCGGAGCAACCGGCCACGAGCCCGACCGAUACGGAUGGCAGCGCCGUACCGCCCUCUGAUCCUUCUAGUCCAAGCACCGAACAAGAACGAGCACCCGCGCAUGGCGCUGGAGUCACCUACACCCUAUGCGGCACCCCAGAGUACCUGGCACCCGAGGUUAUUCGCAACUCGGGACAUGGUACAGCCGUGGACUGGUGGGCGUUGGGAAUACUGGUCUACGAGAUGCUGAUUGGGCAACCACCUUUCUGGGAUCAGAAUCCUAUGAGAAUCUACGAGCAGAUCGUUCAGGGCCACAUUCGCUUCCCUACCGCACACCACCACCAUUCGACGAACCGUCCAUCUCUACAUGUUCCACGCGCUGCCCGAGAUUUCAUUCUAGCCUUGUGCAAGACGGAUCCGAGUCAGCGACUGGGUCACAUUGCUGGCGGGAGCAAGCGGGUAAUGGAGCAUUGGUUCUUUGAUGGCAUUGACUGGGACGAGAUCUAUUACCGCCGGAGGCGAGGACCAAUUAUACCGCGUGUCGAAUGGGCAGGAGACGCAGGGAACUUCGAUGAAUACCCUGAUCCGAUCGAGGGCGAGGAAAGUGAGGGUGGCAGAGGGCGGUACGAUAGUGAGAUGAGGGCGUUGUGGGAGGAUGCUUUCAAGGAUUUCUGA